CAUCGUUUCCGUUGGGCUUCGUGGUCGUGUCAUUGACAGCUGAGUGAGACCACCAUUGGAAAAACGGGUUUCUUGCGCGAGUCGAUCGUCCAAGAGUUUUGUGUUUUUACCAAGAUCUUUGCUUCUCCCUCACAUUCUGGGUGAGAUCGUGCUGCAUUCGCGGUGACUGUCUUGCGCUUCGUUGAGAAUAAAAAACGACUGUCCCAUGUACACUCAGCCCCACAUGUAUGGGCAGGUGGCUUAUGCACCACCAAGCUAUCAUCAGCCCGGACCUUCUGCUUACCCUUACCAGCAACCGCCCCCACCUCCCGCUCCAGUCUACUUUGUGGAUCCCAAUUCUUUUCGACGUGAUUAUACAGCGCGACUGGCAGAGCUCACCAUUAACUCCAGACCUAUCAUUCAGACCUUAUCGAUGAUUGCUCAAGAGUAUUCAAGAUGGGCUGAGAUUGUUGCGCAAUGUUUGGAGGCCCACAUUCGAAGGGUUCCUCCAUGGAUGAAACUCCCAGCCUUCUAUUUACUUGACGCGAUGUCAAAGAAUGUUUACGAUCCAUAUGCGCGCCAUUUUGCUCCCAUCGUCAUUGGUUUGUUCCUGGAAACUUACCAGCAGGUUGACCAGGCGACUCGUAGCAAGAUGGAAGAGAUGCUUUUGACAUGGCGAACUGCCUCUCCGACCGGAAAGGAACUGUUUGGCGUCAUCCCACAACUUGCCAUUGAGCGCGGAAUAUGGGGAGGUGAUUCAAAUCCAACAGGGCAAACGUCUGGCCAGAUAUCGAGAGCACAGGUCCUGAGCGAACUCGAAUUUACCCUGAGCCAAAAGGAGCGCGCCCUACAAGCGAAUGCUUGGGAUACCACCGCACAGAGGCAUGUGCAAAUUCUGCAACAGCUGCGUAAGCUUGUUGAAGCAGGUGUUUCUCAAGAUGAGCUCCGUCAAAUCCUAACCCAGCUGAGGUCUCUGUCACAAACCCCUCAACCCGCCGCGGCCGCUGCCUCGACAACUGCUACAUCAUAUCAAUACCCAGCUCAGGCUUCAUACCCUCGCCAAGCUGCACAGUCUGCAUUCCCACCUCCGGUAUCACAACACCCUCCCUCUACUACGUAUACAUCUUACCCCGUGCCGUCCGUUAAUCAACCUAAAGCUGAACCGGUCGACUCUGCAUUUCUUUUAUCGAGCGUGAAAUCUACAAGUGCCCCGUCAACUGACAUCGCUGGACUUUAUAGCGCCCUUUUGAAGGCCGGCAUUGUGACUGCCACUGGUACGCCGGUUGGUGCUGGAGCGACUGCCACUUCUGAGGACACUGCUGCGUUGUCAACGUCAUCUGAAAAUCUGAGUCGGGAUGCUGCAAGAGCAUAUCGCAAGUCAGUUUUGUCGCAGAGCAUCAAGCUAACGAAUGCUGAUAUCACGAGAAAACGUCCUAAUAUUGACCAUUUGUUAUAUGAUCGAUUGCCCGCCCAGUGUAAGCAGUGUGGUGUCAGAUUUACAGAUGAUACGCUAGGAAAGAAAGAAAUGGAGGAUCAUCUUGAUAUGCACUUCAGACAAAAUCGUAAGGCAAAUCAGAACAUUGGCCGUGGACACAGUCGUAGUUGGUUUGUUGACCUUGAUGAUUGGGUUCACGAAGGCCGUGUAGAUGUGAAGGGUAAAGGCCGCGCUGACGGUCCUCGGCCCACGAACAAUAAGGCUGCUCUUGCGGUAGAUGCAGCACGACGUGACGCUGAGCUACGCACGCAGUUUGUUGUUGUGCCACCGGGGGACGAAGCCAAGCCCAUAUCUUGUCCGAUAUGUAAAGAGACUUUGAAGACCGAGUUUCUAGAGGAUGACGAGGAGUGGGUCUGGAAGAACGCUGUCAAAAAGGAUGAUAAGAUAUAUCAUGCAACUUGUCAUGCUGAAGCUAUGAGUUCGAUGCAUACUCUGGCUACGAGGUUACGCCAAGAUACAGCCAGUCGGAGUAGAUCUGGUACGCCUCCCAGAGCUACGCCCCCAAAGGGCAUGCCGAGUAUACGGUCUUCCAAUUCCCGGUCCCCUGACUCUAAGCGCGCUACUCUCAAGCGCAAGGCAAGUGACGAUGAUUACAGUCAGUCGUCCGUAAAAAUGGAGAGUAAUGGGACACCGCCUAUGAAGAAGAUGGCGCUGACAGCCUAAGAGUUGACCUAUAGACAUUUCCGCAUCUUUAUUGGAAUACUUAUUGAGCAUCAUCACAUGUAUUAAUCCAGCGCACAUCAUAUACAUCAUGCAUUGUGAUUCAACUGACUUUGUAUAAAGUGAGGCAACU